GAUUCUCCUUCCAUUGAAAUGAAGAUAUAACGAAGUGAGUUUUUGUUUGUGUCUCUGAGCUGCAACCACAGCUUCUGUUCGAGCUGCCUGCAGACAUUCUGGGAACAAAAUACCUGGACAAAGUCACCGUCCUGAACUGAAUACCAAAGGACAUUUCCCUCUGAAAGACAUCCUGACUCCAUCUGCUGGUGAAUAAAUGACAUAGCAGCAUUUCCUGAUGUUGAUCAUUCACCCUGUGACGGAGGUGAGAGAAAACGAAAGUGGAUUUAGACAUUGUUGAACAGCGCUGAGACACCAUCACAGGGUGUGAGAUUUCUGCUCGGAGACACGUUUGGAGUAUAUGUGGGGAGAAGUGGAGAGACUGUAAGUUGGUGAGUCCUGCUCUAGAAAUAACUUUAAUACCAAAUGGCUGAGAAAACCGCUCUUGUUGAAAGUUUCCUGAGCUGCCAUGUUUGUUCAGAGACUUUCAGAGAUCCUGUGUCUCUGGGCUGUAACCACAGCUUCUGUUCGAGCUGCCUGCAGACAUUCUGGGAACAAAGUAAGAACAAAAACUGUCCCAUUUAUAAAAGAAAGUCCUCCAAAGAUCCUGUGGGGAACUUUGCACUGAAGGAACUGUCUGACUCCUUUGCUGAGAGACAGAAAGCUGGAUCAUCUGAGACAGAGAAAGGAGAGAAGAAGGUGGAGGUGGUGUGUAGUAAACAUCCAGAAGAGCCUAGAUUGUUCUGUAUGGAUGAAGAGAGAGCUGUGUGUCCUGUCUGUGAGUUUUCUCUCCACCAGGGUCACAAGGUGGUUCCUGUAGAACAAGCAGUCAGUGAGCUGAAGGACCUGCUGACAUCUGACUUAGAGUCUCUGCAGGACAAGAGGGACAAAUACAAAGGAGUGGAGAGAACAUACAAUGAAGUGAUUCAAGUGUCCGAGAAGCAGCUGCUGUCCACAGAGAGGCAGAUCAGAGCAGAGUUCAUCAAGCUCCAUCAGUUCCUGAAAGAGGAAGAGGAGUCCAGACUGGCAGCUCUGAGGGAGGAAGAGGAGCAGAAAGGGAAGACUAUCAGCAGAGAGAUGAAGAGCAUUCAGGAGCACAUCUCCUCUCUGUCACACAGUAUCUCUGCUGUUGAAGAAGAGCUGCAGAAACUCAACGUGCCCUUCCUCAGCAGUUAUAAAGCCACUCAGAGCAGAGCCAGAGUCCAGAGCUCACUGUCAGACCCACAGCUGCUCUCAGGAGCGCUGACAGAUGUGGCCAAACACCUGGGCAACCUGUCCUUCAGAGUCUGGGAGAAGAUGAAGGACCAGGUCCACUUCAGUCCUGUCCUUCUGGACCCAAACACUGCAAGCAGAUGGCUCUCUCUGUCUGAUGAUCUGACCAGUGUGAGACAAGGAGACAAAGAUCAGCAGCUUCCUGAUAAUCCAGAGAGAUACACUCACUAUGCUACUGUUCUGGGCUCUGAGGGCUUCAGCUCAGGGAAACACAGCUGGGAGGUGGAGGUGGGAGAUCAUCCUGACUGGCUUAUAGGUUACACUAAAGAGUCAGCUGACAGGAAGGGAGAGUUACCAGGUGCCUCUCCAAAAUAUGGAAUCUGGUGUUUAACACAUAGCAGUGGAGAAUACUCUAAUGGUGCUGGUGAGACUGUCAGAGUGGAGAAGAAUCCCCAGAGGAUCAGAGUCCAGCUGGACUAUGACAGGGGGGAGGUGUGCUUCUACGACCCUGAACACAUGACUCCCAUCUGCACUCUCAGAGACACUUUCACUGAGAAACUCUUCCCAUAUUUCAGUAUUGGAGAAGCUGGUGAUGCUAAAACUGCUGAUAUCAAAAUCUGUCAACGUGAGAUUCCUCUGUGAUGCUCAGGAGUGUUGGUUCAGACUUUAUUCUGACUUCACUCUCCGUCUACAUCUCUUUGGAACAUUCAAGAACAUAAUCAACAGAUGAUGAGAUAUUAAUCUUUGCAUGACAUUUUUACACAUUAUAAUCAAAGAGUCAGUCAAAGACAAACAAACAACUUGAUUGUUUAUUGAGUUUAUUUUGCAUCAAACUUUAUUACAGUGUGUUUAUAGUUUUCAUUUGACUCAUUUAAUGAUCGAUGAAUGAUUGAUCUAGUUUCUAGUCAAACAUCACGUUAUAGCAGUAUACGUUAUCAGUUUAACUUUUUUAUAUCUUUGGGUCUUUUGAUGAAUUAUUUUGAGAUAUGUUGUUUUACUGCAGGGAGCAAGUCAUUUAAUACAUUUAUUUGAAUUCAUUAUUUCAUUCUUACAAUGUUCUUUCGUGACAUUUUCAGUCCUCUAUAGAUGGACAAUAACAUUUAUGGUAAUUGAAAAUAUCAAUUUCUAAUCAACCUAGAGGGAAUAACAGCUGUGUAUAAUUAAGUGUAGUAUUUGUAAAGCUGCUUCAGAUAUCUUGUGAUUAAAUAACCAGCUGUUUAAUUCAGAAAUGUGUCUGAGGUUGAUUUCUGUUUCUUUGGUACAUCUGUCAAAAAGCCAUGUGACAAAUUACAGAGACUAUAAAUGAUGAAAGACAAUUGUUCAACAAACCUUUACAAUAAAAAAUAAAUAAUCUGAAUAUCGUAA